CCCCGCGCCCUUGCUUUCAAGCACAAGAGUUAUCAGCUUUCUUUCCCUCCACUUGGCAUCAGUUCCAAACAUCACAUUUUUCUCUUCAAUACCAACGACAAAAUCUAGCUGCACUUCUUGCAAAAUGUCGAAAAUUCUCGUUGUGUUCGGCGCCACAGGCCAACAAGGUGGUUCCGUGGUCAAUGCUGUGCUGAACGAUGCGAAGUUGAGCACAGAGUAUACUAUUCGAGGAACGACUCGGGAUCCGGGUCAAGCUAGUGCCCAGGCCCUUGCCAACAAGGGUGUUGAGGUUGUAAGAGCCGAUGUGGACGACGCAGCCUCACUCAAGAAAGCCUUCGAAGGAGCACAUGUCGUCUUCGCUAGCACUGUCACUGUUUAUGACGGCCGUGCAUACGAGCAUGAGGUUCAGCACGGCCGUGCCCUCGCCGAUGCCGCCGUCGCUGUCGGUGUGCCCUUCUAUAUCUACUCGACCUUGCCGAAUGCCGGAAAGAUUUCGGGCAACAAGCUCAAGAACAUGGGUCACUUUGACGGCAAAGAGGAAGUAGAGCAGUACAUUCGCACACUCCCUAUGAAGAGUGCAUUCUUUUCUCCUGGCAGCUUCAUGUCCAACUUCGGCGCGACCAUGGCACCACAUCCGGUCGGCGACGGCACCUAUGCCGUGUUCAACUUCGUCAACCCGGAGACGAAACUACCUUUGAUCGACACUGCAGGAGACACAGGCAAAUGGAUUGCUGCAAUCCUGGCUGACUUCCCCAAAUAUGAGGGUAAAGUGCUCAGCGCUGCAACUGCCUUCUAUACAUUCAACCAGAUUGUGGAGUCAAUGAGCAAGGCCUCGGGGAAGUCUGUCUCGUACAAGCAGCUAUCAGAGAAGACCUGGCGCGGCUUCCUUCCUCCUACAAUGAAGGACCAUGUCGCUGAAAUGCUACAAUACUUUCAGGACUAUGGAUACUAUGGCGAGGAUACGGAAGAAAAGGUCAUGUGGUCGGCGAAGCAAGCUCGGGGUGAAUUGACCACACUGGAUGAGUAUUUCCAGAAGAAUCCAUUGAAAUUGGAUUGA